UCGAGAUUCCGACAUAUAUUGCCAUACCGAAAAAGGAACAGAACCUGUACAAGUGGCACUUUUACUGGGACAGGAUUCAUUUGCUCUUGCUGAAAGCGAACAGAACAAUGGGUUUUACCUAUUCAGAAACGUUCAUCAACAAAUGGCUGGACUGUCGAGACGGAAUGUGACAUGUCAGGUUUCAAAUGCAGCCAUUGAAAAACCAUUCGAAGUACACGGUAUUUUAUGCAGCGUAGAGAAAGGUAGCUCGCCCAUUCUAACAGUUCCUGAACACCUUAAUGGAGAAAGUUCUACGUCAAUCUGUGAAGUGCGCAAUGCUAUCCCAGCCCCGGCAAUAGACAUACAUGUCGGCAAUGCUUUGCUUUCUGAUAUUCAACAAACUGAUUUGUUUAAUAGAUCUUCUCAUACUUUUACAAGCACAGCUAAGGUGACAAAGACUAACAAACUGUGGAAUGGAAAAGAAAUGUGUUGCACCAGGAAAAGUUAUCACGACUUUGGAAUAGCAGAUCAUUCCAUAUGCAAAAACAUCACUAUCAAUUGUGAUCCGACACUGAAUUUAAACACGACAUCACCUGUUGAUUUAUAUCCGAAUAUUACAGUGAUCAUCAAAUGUUUUGUUGACGACUGCAAUACUAUAGGGAAAUGGACGUUUCGAUGGGAAGGAAAAAAUAACACUGCAAUAAAGACUUGUAAACAAACAGAGGAAUGCCUAUUAACACUGAAUUAUACUGGGUAUGGCGAGAAGACAUACGUUUGCAGGGCAUGGAAUUCAGAGGAGUUUCUGAGAAAAUUAUUGACAGUUUUAGACACAAUCCAAGAGGAGGCAACCACCAACCCUGCACUAGUUGUUACCCCAAAAUGGCAUAUGUCGGUCCUUUACGCCGUAUCGGGAACAGUUAUAGCUGUGCUUGUAACAACGUUUACCGUGCUUCUAUGUAGGCGAUGCAACCCUCAUGUUUAUGAAACGCUUAUACGCCGAAUGAGACCUACAGUAAGAGAGCGAAGUACACAUGUCUACGAUGAUGUUCAGUCUAAUAUUGAGGUUACUGCGCUUCACAAUCUGGGAGGAGUCUCUGCAAGUGCAAUCGGGAAAAAAGACGCCCCACCACUAUUGGAUAUGGAAGGACACGAAGUUCGUUCAAACGAAAAUAUCAGCCACUACGACUAUGUGGAUACCUCAUCCGCCCAAAGUGAUCGUCGGACAAACGCACCAGAUGCAAAUUAUAUACAUGCUGUAUAA